GUGUCUUGCACCAUCUCCUCUUGAUUUGUGAUUCCUUUCUUUCGAGUGGGAGCCUUUAUAACUCCACAUUUGCUGCUUUUCGCUCAGUUGAGCCGACAUCAUGGUGUCAGAGAAGGACGUUCUGGUGGCUGCUGCUCUCGUCUUUGCCCUCAUUUCACACAGUGAGGGAAUAAUCGGCGGCAGAGAGGCAGCGCCACACUCUCGGCCCUACAUGGCCUCCAUCCAGGUGCAAGAAGGAGAGAAUCUGAAACACGAGUGUGGAGGGUCUGUGAUUGCAGAUCAGUGGGUGAUGACUGCAACACAUUGUCUGCUAUCAGGGUCAGCAGGAAGGAAAGUAGUGCUGGGUGUCCAUUCUCUGAGUGAACCUGAAGAGACAAAGCAGACGUUUGAUAUUUUGGAAUAUUACAAUCACCCAGACUUCAAUGUGUUGAAUUAUGAUAAUGACAUAGCUUUAAUUAAGUUGGAUCGUCCAUUCAAUGCAUCUGAGGCUGUUGCAGCCGUGGAAUACCUGCGGACAGGUGGCACAAACCCCGCCCUGGGUGUAGAAGUUGAGGCAGCCGGCUGGGGAUCCCUCAAUAACUUGGGGUCCAGACCAGACAAGCUCAAAGAGGUGGUCAUAGAAGUGUUCAGCUCAAGUCGGUGCAAGCGCAGCGACUACUAUGGCAAACUGUUCACCACCAACAUGAUGUGUGCACAUAAAUUAUGCCCAGAGCCGUGCAAUCAACCGCAGAAGAAAGAAGACACGUGUGACGGUGACUCUGGAGGUCCUCUGCUCUACAACGGCACUGUAGUGGGGAUCACCUCCUACGGAGGGAAGAAGUGUGGCCAAAUUAGAAAGCCUGGAAUUUACACCAUUGUGUCCCAUUACACUGAGUGGAUUGACAACACCAUGGCCCUGCAGCAGCCCGAUGCAGCACCAGACCAGAGCAGUUAAAUCACAACCAUGUUAGUGCCAUGUUAGUCCUGCUUCUAUUCAGUCACUGCUGCUAAUGUGUUUAUAUGCUGUGUGUGUGUAAGUGUUCCUUUCUCAUUUUCAGCUAAUGCAUGGCUCUAGAGAUUGAUCUCCAGUUUAACAAAUAACCACUUGUACAAAGUCAGAUUAGCCUAGAAUCAUAUAUUUCAUAUAUAUCAUAUCACUUUAUAAAUGAAUGAAUAAAAUACGACUGAUCACACUCA